AAUAGACCGCCUCUCCCCUCCGCUCCUCGCCUCGCCCCCUCCUCCUCCUCCUCCUGUCAUUCGCGCGCUACGUCCAUUCCCACCGACCAGCCGAUGCACUUUCCCACUUUUCGAGCGCGUUGAAUAAUGCACCUCGUGACGACGACGACGCUCCGUGGAGUUUCGUCGUCGCUGACGACGACGACGACGACUGUGCUGAUAGGUAAAAUUAAUUUGGAAUUAAAAAAUGUCUGCGGAAUCACCAAGGCGAGGUGCGUAUAAAGGAGCUCAAGUUGUUUCACCUCAACCCAUAAUAGAUCGAUCAAUUAUUGAUAGCGUUGCUGGAAUUAUCAAUGAUAUAGUACCACAGGGAUACGCCGGAGCAUCCAACUCUGAUAAUAAGGAAACCAUAUCAUGGGCACGAUUUGAAUACGCGGAUAUAAAUGACCCCGCUUUAUAUCCCGAUUACAAUGAAGGUUCCAGUACACCACCUCUUUUAUUGGUGCUAGGAUAUACAAUUGGUGUUCAGGUGUGGCUGAUAGCAGCGACGGGAGAGGCAACGGAAGUUCUAUCAUGGCGACAAGGCGUGAUUCGUACUCUUCGAAUUCUACCAAAUCCAAAGACUGAUGACGAACACGUCGAUGAAUUCGAAGCGAAACGGCCGAUGGUAGCGGUCUGCUCCGAGCCGGAUUCGACUCUUCCGGGACCAAAAUUUUGCGAUGUCAACUUCAUCUCCUUGAAGACCGGUGAACCGGUGCACAGCGUAGGAUUUAAGAAUCCUGUUUGCGACGUGCUGGCAAACAAGCGGUCUGUGGUCGUAACGUUAUUAGAAAAAAUUGCGGUCUUCGAUGCCAGAACAUUGCAAAAUAAUAUAACAAUUACUACCUGCUACGCCAGCCCUGGCCCAAAUCCAAAUCCUGUCGCUUUAGGAACCCGGUGGCUCGCUUACAGCGAAAAAAGAUUAAUACCCGCAAGAAGAAGCAGUGGCGGUUGUGAAGGAGAGGGUGUGCAGAGUUACACAGCGACGGUUUUGUAUGCAGCGAAGUCUCUGGGUAAAGGUCUUCGUGGAUUAGGGGAAACCGUUGCUUCAAGUCUCACCGGAAAUUCUGUAUCACCAAUGACUGUGAAUAAUGCGAGCAACGACGUGACGCAACCGGGCGUAAUUACAAUAUUGGACCUUCAAAUCGCGAGAGACGAGAAGGAGUUGGAUGACACGAACGCGGAAGCUGUAAUCGCUCAUUUUACUGCUCAUAGCGACGCGAUCGUUGCCAUGACCUUCGAUUUGACCGGCGCGUUAUUAAUGACAGCCGACAAAAGGGGACACGACUUUCAUAUAUUUAAGAUUCAACCGCAUCCCGGUGGGCCGACAUUAGCAGCAGUGCAUCAUUUAUAUAUUUUACAUCGUGGUGAUACCACUGCAAAAGUACAAGAUAUGAUAUUUUCGAGCGACGCACGCUGGGCUGCAGUCUCAACUGUGAGAGGUACCACACAUGUUUUUCCUGUCGCGCCAUAUGGAGGUCCUGUUGGUGUUAGGACACAUUCUACGCCUCACGUCGUCAACAGGCUAUCAAGAUUCCAUAAGAGUGCGGGCUUAACGGACGACGGUACUCGAUCCCAUUCCCCUGUGUCUCACGCGGAACUACCUUUGUCCGUAUAUCCAUACUCGAAUCCGAGACUUCCACCAUAUCCUCAUCCAACGAUACUGCAUCCUCUGUCGCAAAUUCGACAGCCGUCUUCUUUAAAUCAAGUCAACAAUUCUUCGCAGCCGAGUAGACCACAACAAAGACAACGGUUACAUUCUGACGAUAGCGGAACUCUACCAUUAAAAAUUUGCGCAUGUUUUGCACCACCGAGAGCUUGGAUAUAUGCGCAGAGAGAGUCCAGCAGCAAGGUUGUCAAGAGAGCAGUCGAUUCCUUGUUCAUCAUGGCAUGUCAUGGAAAUAUGAUACAGUAUGACUUAGAACCUAAGCCAGUUGCUGGAGUGCCAAAGGAAAAAGUCUGCGAUGAUACUAUGAUUGAAUUGGAUGUCGAAGCGAAGGGCCAGUGGCCGCUUUGCAGGGUGCCCAAUUCUUCCGAAUUUGUCCCACCAUUACCUCUGUCCAACCCGUUACUCAGUGUCACGUUCGCACCAAAGAACAACCAGGAACUUGACACAGCUGAGGAUCGUUGGUUGAGUCAAGUAGAAAUCGUCACUCACGCUGGACCGCACAGACGACUGUGGAUGGGACCACAGUUUGUUUUUAAAACUUAUAAUGCACCUAGCGGUGUUGCUGUCAAUUUGGUCGAAGCGGAAGCAGUCGAAAUUGGAAUCACCGGAUCGCGUCCAGCGAGAUCGAAGCCCGUUAACAUGCCCCAUGCAGCGUCCAGGCCAUUGAUGCCAGUCGUCAUCGAUGGAUCAGGAAGCAGUUAUGAGCAAUCGCCGAGAUUCAUGGAGGCUUAUGGUGAUCCUCUAGACAGCGAAAACGUAGCUGUUGGUAGCUGCGAGAGUCAGCUGAGAGAGGAUCUUGCCGAAGCUAUGCUCGAGAUAUCCAUCGCAUCGCAUCGUGCCCCAGGGAGGCGUACGGUAAUUGAGAGGGUGGGUCAGCCGGUAACUAAAGUCGUCAACCCUCACACCGGCACCGUGAUUACCGUGUCGGCCGACGAGGAUGAGGAUUCCGUUAGCUCCGUUCAGGAGUACGAUUCCGCUCCGGAGGAGAUCCACGCACCUAGAAGCGUGUGCGCCGAGGAGGGGCCGGCCUCGCUCGGCGCGGCGGACCGCCUCCCGGACGUGCCGGAUUGCCGGGCGCUGAGUUGCGAGCACACCGAGGUCUGCGCGGAGAUGCGCACAGCCAGCGAACCGACGACGAUCGACAGCGUGCCCGACGAGAAUAUACGCGAGCUGCAAGAACGUCGCGCCCUGUGCGCGGAGAUGGCGACGGCGACGACGUCGACGUCGAUCGAUUAUGAAAGGGAGGAGGCAUUUCGCGACGUGCCCACGAGUCUCAGUCUAUGCGCUGAACCGGGCGAGAUUCCGAGCAGUCCGAUGACGCAGGCGAAGGAGAGCGCGUUGUGGUGCGGCAAGGGCGACAGAUCUGUCGGCGACAAGCGUGCCGAGGAUUAUCACGUCCACGAGAGACAUCUCGCCAAAGCUAAGUACGUCGUCAAUUACGACGACGACAGCGUUACGUUGAUGGAGAACAAGACGAUGCGAGGCGAAAGGAAUACCGAGAUACAGUCAAGUGCGAAUGAGAGAACUAAGAGAGCUCUCGCGAGAAAGUCGAUCGUCGUCGAGGACGAAAAGACAUCGAGCUCGGAAGCUACCGCGCAGAAGCGUCCAGUCGAAGCGUCGCGAACGAUGCGCGCGAAGAAGUAUAUCGUUCAAGAGAACGAGGACAGCGUCGUUGUCGAGGAUGCGCGAAGCACGAAUCCGACGAUGAGCGCAAAGAAGGAGGAAAGCGAGGUUCAUAAAAAAAAAACCGAGAGCGCGAAAGAUGUUUAUAAGAUGUUUGCGAGAGAGAAACUGCACGGGGAGGUAACGCAGGGGCAUAAAAACGGCAGAUUGAAGAGUCGUGCUCCGCGAGACUCUUUCGACGAGGAUCGACUAACGUUAGAGAAUAAAAAUAUCAAGUGCGCGAAAGCGGAAUCUUCCGUCAACGUAGAGCCCGAGCCAACGAAAUCGACUGUCAAUAUAAUUACGAAGGGAGAGAAUCUCACUAAAUUCGCCUCGAAAGCGGGAAAAACGGGACUGUUGCAUGACGACGAUGACGACGAAUUACCACCGUUGGAUCCCCCACCGCUGGAUGACUUUAGCUCCAUCGAGUAUCACAUGGUAGAACAGUGUAAGGAUGCCACCUCUACGGCCACUCAAUCUGACGACGACAUCGAGCACAUCCACGCGUCCGAGGUGACGCAGAUGCGUGCGAGGAUCGACGCGGGCGAUGACAAGUGCAGGGACGAUGCGUUCUUUGGCUCUACGGCCACGCAAUCGUCUUCCCCGGUGGAGCAGCGGAAGAAUAGUAAGAGCACGAUCUCGGACGACGAUCUAGAAUACAUACACAGUUCCGAGUUUGGCGGUCUCGAUUCCGCGAGCUCAGAUAACAUCAUGUACACGGCCAAGUCCGCGACAAAAACGAGUAACGACAGAAGCUCACGUAGAAGGCACAGCAAGCACGCUUUGUCGUCUGAUGACGAUCUGGAGCAUGUGCAGCUUUCGGAAAUUUGCGAGCUAGAACUUGGCGCGGUGAGUUCCUCCUCGCAGGAGAUGGAGCAGCAAGAAACAAGGUCCAGAUCGAGCAAAAGACGAAAAGAUAUCAUGGUGAUUGAGAAGAACGAAACGGAGACCGCGGACAUCACCGUGAUAUACAAUCCGCUGGAGGAGAUCUGGUUAAAGUCGGAGGAGGUAACCGACAAGCACGGCCCCGCCGACCAUCUCAAAGAGAAAUCGGAGGGAACGAGUCCGACGAGAAGGGCCAAAAGUCGCAUUUCGAAGACAACGUCGAAUUCCUCGUUAUCUAGCAAGCGGGCUUCUCAGAUCGUUGCUAGCGAUAUCGUCGAGAUUAUCGAUAUCGAUGCGAUGCAGAGGGCGGACACGGAUGCUGAUCCGACGCCAGAGUGCAAAAUUCUGCCUGCCGCUACCGGAACGCGCGUUAAAAAGUCUCGCAAGAGCAAGAAGUCGCAGGCGGACGGCCAGUUGCAGGAAAAUAGCUCGACAGAGCUCUCGUUUUCCUCUUCCUCCUCUUCGUCCUCCUCCUCCUUUUUCGCUCCUCCACCUUCAUUCCGUUCCUCCAGAGUGAAAAUGGCAGAUCUGCGAGAAGCCGUGCAGGACGAGUCAUUUGUAGACUUUUCCAAAGGUCUUCAGGAGCAGAAAACUCAAGCUCCUCUCUCGUCGGAGAUAUCGUGGAGUUCUAUCGUUAAGAAAAGUAUUUCCUCAGAUUCGCAGGAGGCCCGCAAGGAGACAGAUCUCGAGCCAUUGAUAGAAGUGGAGGAGAAACCGGAGGCCGGCGAGCACGCGAGAAAAUUGAAGAAGACUUCGGAGUUUUGCGACAGAGAUGAUCGUCCGUUCCUUGAACCCGGGGCAUGCAAACACGAGAGUACACGACGACGAGCUUUUAACGCUGAGGAGAAAAGAAGGGAGGAUCCUUUUGGCGAAAACGAUAACGUCGACGAAACGACGACGAUGACAACGACGAUGGAAGAGACUCUCCUCGUAGAUCUUCCCGUACCAGUAAUAGACGAAGAACCUCGCGCGGACAAGGAUCUCGCAGGUGUCACGAUCGCUAUGGCACGAGCCAAGAUGUCGCCCCAGGACAGGGAGGAUAACAAAGAACAGUCUCUUCCGGCCUCGGAAGUACGAUCCGUCGACAAGAUACGUCGAGGUAACGUGCCAGCCGAGAGGAGACAAUCGCAAAGAGAAUCUUCUUUGCAGCUUCAGCCGGUGCUUCGGCAACAGGUGACGGAAAGCGGCGGCGGCUCCGAGAGGAGUGAUCCGAUUCCGGCUCCGAAGGUGUCUUCCGAAGAUCCCGGAUCCGAUGUAUGCCCGAAGCACGCCGAGAAACGAAGCGAAGCGGAGAGCUCGACCGCCGCCAAGAAAACGAGCAACAGAUCGAAGAGGAAAAAGCGCAGAUGAGUAGAGGAUUGCUGCAUGGACGUGCCUAGGGCCAGCCUUGCCCUCUACAUACUCCUGAUGCAAGUAGCGGGAGUAGAUUAAUUCCCGCGCGUAUGGGGGAUGAGGAAGGAUAGGGUGGCGAGGGAAAAUUGCCAGAGUUUCAACUGUGAUUGUGUAUUGAUUUCGCAAAAGUCAACCUUGCAUCGGCGUGUGUUUGGCUACAAUAAUGACUAAUUUGAAGGAAUAAAUCGCUCGGUUGAUUUUUCAAGAAUAUAUCCUUGCCAAUUAGGGAAGUCCGGAAUAAUUUCAAAUGACUGCGACAAUUUUGAAUCGCUAGAAAAUUUGUAAAAGAGGAAAAUUGAAAGCGUGUCAUUAUAUGCGUUGUUAUAUAUAUAUGUACUGUCAUUUAUAAAGAGGCGCGUUUGUGACAGAUUUGACCCUAUCUCUGCUCGAAGAGAUACUCAAAGAUACCGUUUUCAAUCAGUAAUCAUUAUCCCUCGCAGAACAUGUACGAAUAAAAGCGUUCGGGCCAUGUGGCGGGCAAGGUUGUGUUCUAGCUGACGUUAGGAUAUCAGAAUCAGGAUAUUGUCUCUCAACAUUAGUUCCAAUGGGAUAUGGAACCAACAAGAGAGAUAGAAAGAGAGAGAGAAAGAGAGAUAGCUCUUAGAACAGGCUUCUUUAUUACGACUAUUUGGCAACUUCCGUGUAGCAAUUUCGAUUUGACUGCCUUAAAAAAAAAAGAGGAAACAGGUGAUAAGUUUGGAUUCAAACGUGGAAACAAAUGCGUAUACCUUAUAUAUAUCGUCGCCCACUAUCAGUAAUUUGAUCGUUGAUAACAAUGUAACAAAACGAUCGACCAUUAGGUGUUCAUUUGCGGAAGUUAAUCUUCUAGUUAGCCGAGUAACAACCAUUGUUCGGUAUAUGCGAUAAGCCAUGUUUCUUCGUUGUAGUACAAAGUAUAAUCGUUAAAUUUUAUUUGACUUUCAUGCACGUUUACUGCCGCGAAAGAUUGAUUGAGAGCUUUCGAUAGAGUAACGACAGUAAUGGUUUCCCUAAAUCAUUUUGUUCAUUUAGAUCGAAUCUGAGACAGCAAUAUCGCUUAUUUAAUUGUACAUACACGUAUUAUAUUUGCAUAUCUUUGCAAUCUAUUUAUUUUCGAAGGGAGAUAUUUUUUCAGAAGACUCUCUAUCAUUGAUUAUACUUGCGUAUGCUACGCUAGUGAGAUUCUUUGACGGUUUAUCGAUGAAAUAAUAAUCAUAAUAAUGAUAGUAGGAAAUGAAUGAAAGGUAGAAAAUCUGGGUAUCUGGGAAUACUCGCGAUUUUUCGCAUCAUCAGACGGUCCCUUGAUGUAAUGCUCUCGGUAUCGCAUGAGGAAAUCAUAUUCAUGAAUCUUAUAUAUGAAAUUCUAUUCUGUGAAGAGGCUGUACAUUAUUAGAUUAUUUAUCAUUGCGACUGCAUGCACCGUCCAGAGUUGAGAAAUUUAAUGACCGGGGCAUUAUUCUGUUUUCGCGAUUUUUUUUUCAAUCGGGGA